CAGCUGCUGCCUUUGGACUCGGUUGAGAAGAGCCGUUUGGUCGCCACACAAACAAUAUUACAAUGUCCAUCUCGGCCCGCCUUCCCGAUUACCCGGUCACUUCGGAUUUGGUGACGAGAUUAAAGUCGGCCCUGGAAGCCGGGGAUGAGGAGAGGGUGAGGGCGCUGGUCUGCACUGAAGUCCGGCCCGUGGACGCCGUGAUAGAACUGGCCAACGACGACUGGAUGAAGGACCCCUCAGCGCAGCUGCCCCCCGGGGUGCUCCUAGGAGACAUAGACCGUCUCAGGCCCCUCAUGGACCAGUUCUUCCAGGAUGCUAACGUGGUGUUUGAGAUCAAGAAGGAUGAGAUGGAGUGGCAGGGGAAAUCCUCAGGCACUUUUGGACUGUCAGGCCUCUGGACCUUGGAGUACAAGCGCGAGCUCACCACGCCCCUGUGCAUCGCCGCGGCCCACGGCCACACCGCCUGCGUGCGCCACCUGCUCGGCCGCGGCGCGGACCCGGACGCCAGCCCCGGCGGCCGCGGCGCGCUGCACGAGGCCUGCCUGGGCGGCCACACGGCCUGCGCCCGGCUGCUGCUGCAGCACCGCGCCGACCCCGACCUGCUCAGCGCCGAGGGCCUGGCGCCCUUGCACCUCUGCCGCACGGCCGCCUCGCUCGGGUGCGCGCAGGCGCUGCUGGAGCACGGCGCCUCGGUGCGGCGCGCGGGCGGCGCGGGCUUGGACACCCCCCUGCACGUGGCGGCGCGGCACGGCCUGGACGAGCACGCGCUCCUCUACCUGGGCCGCGGGGCGAGCGUGGACGCGAGGAACGGCCGCGGCGAGACGGCCCUGAGCGUGGCGUGCGGCGCGGCGCGGCGGCCCGACGAGCACGCGCGCUGCCUGCGCCUGUGCGCGCUGCUGCUGCGGGGCGGCGCGGCGGCGGACGCGCGCGACGAGGACGAGCGCAGCCCGCUGCACAAGGCCUGCGGCCGCGCGCGCCACGACCUGGCGCGCCUCCUGCUGCGACACGGCGCCGACGCGGGCGCGCUCGACUACGGGGGCGCGACGCCGCUGGCCUGCGUCCUGCAGACGGCCGCCUGCGCCCGCGAGGCCGCGCCGCAUCGCACGGUGCAGGCGCUGCUCAACCACGGCUCCCCCACCGUGUGGCCCGACGCCUUCUCCAAGGUGCUGAAGACCUGCGCGCCCGCCCCCACGACCAUCGAGGUCCUUUUCAACUCCUACCCGCAGCUCCGCGUCUCCGAGUCCUGGAAGGAGGUGAUCCCCGAGGAGGUGUUUCAGGUGCACCAGGCUUUCUACCGGUCCCUCUUGGCCUUGGCCCACGCCCCGCGCUCCCUGCAGCAUCUUUGCCGAUGCGCCAUUCGGAAGGUGUUCGGCGGGAAGUGCUUCUGCCUCGUGCCCCUCCUGCCCUUGCCCCAGUCCCUGCAGGAUUUCCUCCUCCUGGAGCCAGAGGGGGUUUUGCACUGAAACCCAGAGCAUUUGGACCGAGACGCUUGUGCUCUUCUGGGGGCGGGGAGGGGCCUCCCCCGACCCCCAUGCACAAACCCCUCCUGGGCGUGGAGUUGGUAACCCCAGCCCUCCUGCCUCUCAGGGCUGCGUGUGAGGAUUGAAACAGGGACUGGUCUGUGCUGGUACUUGGAUCACAAAGGACCUUUCACCUAAACUGAAAGAUACAGUAUUUCUCCCAGGUUUGUCUCCUGCCCGCAGUGAGUUAGCCUUCGUGCUGCGGCCCCUCCCCCCAGCCUGCAGACCCCCUCCUAGAACGCAGCCUCCUGGAAAGAUGCUGUUCCAAACCUGACAGACGGUCACACUGAGGGCAGACACUUCCCAGGAGCCCACAGGUGCUCCCUAGAGCAUCACGGGCCAGAGCCCCUAGAAGGACCUUGUGAGCCAGACAUUUAAAUCCUGUGUCACUCCUUUGUCCCGCAUCCCGCCCCCCCCACCUCCAACCGAUCCAGCUGUGAGAACAGUCCGUGAAGCCAGAUGCCGGGGCCGGACACAGGUUGAUCGAGGAGGCCGCUGUCCGCUCGGCCCGAACAUCUGGCACAGGAGCGAGUUCUGAAGUCUGGGACUGUAUUAACCACGGCUUUUAUUUUCUGGAUGCUGGUGCUUUGACAUCUGGGGCCUUUCCAACCCUAGAGGGGCGGCCCCUCCCGGGAUGACCCAAUUCCGAGAGCUGGUAAACAUCUUGGCCCCAAACAACCUUGUCAAAUACAACGCCACCCAUCGGAGCUCACCUCGCCACCACCUCCCUGGGAGUCCAGACGCUCUGCCCCCGCAGGACCAGGACCAGCGACCAGGGACAGCCCCCGUGUCGCAGAGCAGUUGUUCGGACUAGCCGGUCCUAAGCCUCACCCAUUCCUUCCACGGAAAUCACAGGAAAGCCUCUUGCCCUCGUCCCCUCCCCCGCCCCUCCUGCCCCCGGUGCUUCCCCGUGUGGUGUGGUCUUCCUCUUGGGAUUGGUGUGUAAUAAACCAUCUCUUCGUUGGGA